ACCUGAUUGGACGACGGUGUUUGUUUAUUUCUGUAUUGCGAGAGGCACAGUGGCAGACCGACGCUUCCCGAACGAUGGAGUCAGCUGUUAUCAUCAAAGUGCUCUGUGCCAAUCGCGGUGCGAUGGAUUGCGACGAUUUGCUCGUCAACAGCGGAUUCAAUGUUCUGAACUUAAACGGCGCAUCGGAGAAAUUUCACAUCGCGGUCCUCAGCGGGAAGACAGUGGCGAUCGCGAGAACCAGAGUGAAACUCUGCAAAGCCAGAGACUGUGACUCGUGCAACAAUCUACACCUGUGUAAAUUCUACCUGUACGGGGAUUGCAGGAACAGCAGAGGAAGGCGCAGGUGCCGCUUCUGCCACGACCUGAAUUCGGAGCACAAUGCUGCAGUGCUUCGGAGCCACGACCUCCAGGACCUGGAAAGAGAGGAACUGUGCACACUGCUGCUCCAGAAUGACAGCACUCUAUUGCCUCCUGUGUGUGUCUCGUACAACGAGGGCUCCGGGCAAUUCGGACGCUGCCCUGAGCAGGAAAACUGCCGGAGGCUCCACAUCUGCGACAAGUACAUCCGAGGGACCUGCGGGGCAGGGGCAGAUUGUCCCCGAGCUCACGACUUUUUUGAACCCCACCCUCUGAAUACCCUGAGAGAGCGCGGCAUACCCAACAAGCUCAUGGCCUCCAUGUUCUCCGUGUACCAGAACAUCCAGGCCAUGAAGAAAAGUGAUGGCCAGCCGGGUAGUGGUCCCAGGACAAGACCAGAGAAGACUGAGAUCUGCAUUUACUUUGUCAAAGGAGGAUGUAAGCAUGGAGCCCAUUGUAGGAAGGAGCAUUUCCGCUUGCCCUACAAGUGGGAGGUGAAGCGCAAUCAGGGCUGGGCACUGCUUACAGACAGUGAGGAGGUCGAGAAGGCCUUCUGUGACCCCGCAAACACGCACAGUCAGGGAGUGGAGCCCGUGUGUUUCGACACGAUGACACAAGGAAUGCACCAAGUGAGGCGGCUCUCCACCGUGUCCUCUGUGCUCCAGCCCAACUUCAUCCUGACCAUGGAGUGGGCCUGGUACUGGGAGGAUGAGUUUGGGGCCUGGAUCCAGUAUGCAUCAUCGAAUGAAGGCCACAGUGCUUCUUCCAUCAGCAGUGAAGACCUGGAGCGUCGGUACCAGGAGGACAGCGGGGCAGUCGUGCGCUUCACAGCAGGCUCGCAGACCUAUGAGCUCAGUUUCCAAGAUAUGAUCCAAACAAAUAUAAGAUACAGUACUAAAAAACUUGUAAGAAGACGACCCGUCUUUGUUUCGUCAGCAGAAGUACAGAAGAUCAAAACAAGCAAAAGAAUAUUCAACAAGCAAUCUAAUUUCAAAGCUUUACCAGAGCAUUGGGAUAAGUCUCUGGUGCCAGAAACAGGGUACAAGAAGGUGACUCUGAGUAACUUUAUGAGUGAAUACAAGGAUAUCCUGGGUCUGUUCCGGAAGACUAUGUUGGGCUUCAGCGUGCGCCUCAUUGAAAGGGUUCAGAACAGGGCCUUAUGGGAGGUGUUCCAGUGGCAAAGGGAUCAAAUGGAGAAGAGCAAAGGUAGCAAAGCAGUGGAGAAGCUGCUCUUCCAUGGAACAGACUCAAAGCACGUUGAUGCCAUUUGCCUGCAGAACUUUGACUGGCGCAUCUGCGGGACACACGGGACUGCCUUCGGGAAAGGCAGUUACUUUGCUCGGGAUGCCAAGUACUCUCACAGCUACACGGGCAGUUCGGGAAUGCGAACGAUGUUUGUGUGUCGCGUGCUGGUGGGCGACUACACCAAAGGGUGCUCCAGCUACGUCCGACCACCCUCCAAGGAUGGCGGAGACGUCAACUUCUACGACAGCUGUGUGGAUGACGUCUACAACCCGUCCAUAUUUGUGGUGUUCGAGAAGCAUCAGGUGUACCCCGAAUACCUCAUCCAGUACUACGAGGAUCAUGUUGCUUCCCCACAUCCAUAUACAUAUGUGCCUCCCGUGUCAAGGCCUGCCCCGAGGCCUGCUGCCCCAGCACCAGCUUCAUACUCAUCUACAUAUUCAAGUUACUCCAGCUCCACUGUCAGUGACUCCAACAGCAGUUCGUGUGUCAUCUGCUAACUGUCCCCCAGUGAGGACGUUGCCUUCAAACUCGCGCCCAGCACCAGCGUCAUGUUCUCAUCACUGGCUGCCCUGAGACCACACUAGCUUGUCUUAGUCACAGUACAUCUUCGAUAUUCAAAAAUAUAACGAUUUCUCCUUCAGCCCAAGGGUCAGGUUCCUUUUAUAUCCCAUAUGACAGUAUUCACAUUUGUCUGUCAGUUAUGCUGAAGGAAUAAAUAGUUUCUUUACAUGGUUUUAGCUGAAAACUUGUCUUAAUUUAAAAGUGUGUUGAUGUCACUGCAGUCACGUUUCGGGAUAGAUUGUAGUGCUUUACCAGAGGCGUUGUCUGCUGCAGCAAGCCCUUGUUUACUUUAUUACCAGAUGGCAUCAUUUUGAAUUCCCCUACAUUUUUUAAAAAACUGCAAAACUUCCAGAUAUAGAAGUCCAUCUCCCUCAGUCACUACCAAUUUUCUCUUAAAUGGUAGUCAGUAGUUGUAAGCUGUGUUGUGUUUGCCUGGUGUCCUGACCAGUGCUACUAUGGACUUCUGAGCAUUUCAAAACAAUAUUGAUGCUUUUAAAAUAUUGAUGUAUUUUUAAAAAUAAUAUUGAUGCACAUAAAUACACCUGUGCCUUUGUGGGGGAUGCUCAUAUGGAAAUGUGGCGCCCUGCAGGCCGACUGUACACCUGUGUUUCACUUAGCGAAGAGCUGCCCCACCGCAGCGAACAAACCAGCCUUAAAGUUUUAUCAUAACUGUGUAUAAUAAAGACUGCAAUUUGACACACUUAAACACUGACCUAGGAGAGUGGAUGUUGCCAUUACAGAUGCUUGAUUAGUUAUGAAGGUUUAUUGUACAUGACUCAGUUUAUGAUGAUGAUGAUGAUGACAAAUCUUACGUGUGCCUUUGUUGCUUGAACUCUAUCCUCCGUUAUAUACUGUUUACUGCAGAAGGCUUUCAGAAGUCCAAUGAAAAUUUUGUGUUGGAAAAUACAAAGGUUAAUUUUGUGUUUUUUUUUUUAUCAGCCUGGACUUUCACAGAUUGUCUAUAAAAUGAUCACUGUUUACUGUAGAACAUGUAGAUCUCUGUAGAUUUGAUGAAAA